AUGCCCGACCAGGACACUUGGUGGUGGGGAAGACAACAUUCAUCUCAACCCUUUGCAGACAAAACCAGACCUGCCGAGGAACAGAACUCAUCGUCUGUUGUCAUCGUCGCGAGACCCCUUCUAGUGGAAGAUGAAGACCCACCGAUGGUUGGACCUUUGCCACCGGGUAAGGCUCAACAGGCUGCUCCCUUAGUGGAACCGCCCGCGAGCUCUCAAUCGACCCGAAGUAUUGUGAGGCGGAAAGAUAUCGACUGGGACGGCGUGCUUACUGAAGGCGAUGUGAUACAGGCUGAGCUGGAAGAGGUCUCUUCCACCAGAAAUGAGAACGGUACUGGUCAAUCCCUAAACAUCGCAAACGUCGCAAGGGCCACUGAGGAUCGCGCUCAGAGCUUCGUGGACGAACACGAUCGCGUGGACCCAGGGUCGAUCGAGGCAUUGCAUCAGAUCAUGGCUAACCGUGGCACAUUUCUCGAGGAGACGCGCUUGAUUCCAUACAUCAAGUUGGACUACAAUUUCUCUCGAGAUGAGGUUCAUGACUGGCUGGGAGAGAGCACUUGGGAUCAGUCUAAGCUGUUCCGGCUGCAAUAUUGGCUGACCAGCAGGCGUAUCCCGGUGGACGCUGCGGUUUUACGACUCUUGCAGGAUGUAUGCUAUGGGAGACUCCAGCGUGGCUAG